CCGACGACGAGCAGCAAGGUGUGUAUCUUUCUCUCUGCAUGGCGAGAAAGCACGAAAUGAAAAGCAUACGAACCACCCUCGAUCCUGCCUCCAUGCGCACCUAGUUCCUCACAUCCUCAUCCUUCGCGCGCUACCUCCAUACCACCAAAACCACUCCUUGCAUCACGAAUCGCCUCUGAACGCGUCUUCCAGAUUAGCCAUGGCCCAACGCGUCACUCUCCGCAAGCGCCAGCCGUACAACACGACCUCCAACCGCCGGCGGGUGGUGAAGACGCCGGGCGGCAAGCUCGUCGUGCACUACAUUCAAAAGCCGGCGACCGUCCCCAAGUGCGGUGACUGCGGCCUCCCCCUCCAGGGCAUCCCGGCAUUGCGUCCCCGGCAAUACGCGACCGUCUCGAAGCGCAUCAAGUCCGUGCAGCGCGCGUACGGUGGCUCGCGGUGCAGCGACUGCGUGCGGAACCGCAUCGUCCGCGCGUUCCUCAUCGAGGAGGCGAAGAUCGUCAAGAAGGUCUUGAAGGCGAAGCCGGCUGGCAAGUAAACGUCGCGCCUACCCACGCCUCGGUCUUGUCCCCCCUUUGUUACCCGCAUAUGACCCUCCCUCGACACAUGCCCAUAUGUACUAUGCAUGCCGCAAUGCAAUUAGGCACCCACGCAAAAGGAAGACACA